GCCCCCAAUGGACGCUAAAGUAUGGUAGGCACAUGAAUUUAGUACAGCACAUUUGAACAGGAUUCUACUAGUCAUAUGGGGGAGUUGGGGGGUCCCAGUGGUAUUUAUUGAUGUUUGUGUAGGGAUAUACAACAUUGCUAAUGUACAAAUGGAUCAUCUUGUUUGCUUGGCCAAGCCUAGUACUAUGAUACAAUUCAAAAUCAAAUUGUAUUUUAAGCAUGAUGGGAGACAAAAUUGUUGAGCUCUGUGCAAAUUAUUGAAGGGUUGUUUGAAAAAUCAUACAUAUAAUGGAAAUUUUAAGUAGCAAGUACUAUAAAAUAACAUACUGGCACUGAAGCCUAGUAGGUUACUACAUGUGGGUUACCAAAAAUAGUGCAUGGCAAACAAGUUGAGCACAUCUCCUCCUUCCUACUGGUAUUUCAAAAUCUGUUAUUCUUACUACUAGUAUGAGCAAAAGACUACUGAUAACAUAACAAUUACAUACAGUAAUGAUGAGACAAACAAAGUUUUAAUUUGAAGUUCUGAAUAUUGAUUCAAAGUCAUGAAAUUCUUCUUGUACAAGGUGUACUGCAUUCCAUUGUGAUGUACAUGCUCAGCCAAGAGGAAGAGGAACAAGCAAAAAAACAGCAGUUGUAAAUUGCUUUCUACAAGUGGCUUCAGAGUGAGUUAUAAAUGUGAGUGCAGUGAGAAAAUUCAUAAAUUGGAGACUGCUGAUUUGUGGUGUUUCAUAUUUCCUCUCUUGGUGCACUCAACAUGCAUCUAGUAGUACUAGUACUAGUACUAGUAGUAGUUGUUGUUGUUUACUGCUCAUGAAAGUACUUAAUUUGUAUGGACUCCAUUCAAUCACGAAUAUCACUAAAGGAAUCAUAACCACAAGCUUCUCUUCCCGGUCAACGAAACGAAAAAUAAAAUGAUGUCAGUAUGAACUAGUACCAGUUGUACCGUACCGUACGCUCUCUUUUUCGAACUAGGCUAGUACCUAGGACGUAUUCGUACCAGUACUACUCGUUCCACUCGAACCAACAGAUAAUUUGGUACGAGUUAGUACAGGUACUUUUCCGUAACUAAAAAAGAGCGAAAUACAACUAGUUUGAAGACGAAACACUUCGCUUUCAAUCGAUCUUCACAUCACGCCACAUCGUGUCGUCAAUCUUUUGACGUCUUCAAUCUUCUCUAGCGCCUUGAUUUAUUUUCAUGCUGGGAUAGAAACGAAGCAGUGUCCUUGCCAUCGAAUACAGUUGCGUCGAUAACGAGACAUACCAGUAGAGACAAGUGAUUUCAGUCAAAGAAACCGCCGAAGUUAAUCUUACCAAAUUUCUGCUCCAUCUUAACAUGUCGACCGACGACAAAAAUAUUGAACAGGAUGGCAUCUCAGCGAACGAAAGCAAGGCGCUUGAUCUAAAAAACCAGGGCAAUGACCAACUGAAAAUAGGGCACUUUCUGCAGGCCAUUGGCUUUUAUACAGAGGCGUUGGAGUAUAGCCCAACCAACGCUAUCAUUUUGUCGAAUCGAGCUCAGGCCUACAUCAAGGUGGAAAACUAUGGACUGGCCAUGGCCGAUGCCAGCGCUGCACUAGAAUCAGAUCCAAACUAUGCUAAAGCAUACUAUCGGAGAGGUUCGUCACAGUUUGCCCUUGGUCAUUUGAAAGAUGCCAAAAAAGACUUUCGCACCGUAUGUGUGUUGAAUCCGAAGUCUAAGGACGCCCGUGCGAAGCUUAAAGCCUGCGAAAAGGCUAUUCGAGAAGAAGCCUUUCGGAAAGCUAUCGAAAGCGAGAUGACAGUGCCAUUAUCUGAUAGUUAUGAUCCAAAUUCGAUCGUCAUCAGUCCUGAUGCGUACGAUGGACCAAACCCUGUUGUGUCGGGUGUUACCGACGAUAUGGAGCUAGAAGCUUCGUUAUUUAUACCAGGGAAGCUUCCGAGAGAAUUCGUCUUGGUGAGUAAAUCUUUCGAGUUGGUGUUCGUUUGAGACGGGCUAUGAAACCCGAGCGAUCUGAAUAUAUGCCUGCUUCAUGCUACGGACUGAUCUUUUGAUUUUGAUCGAAUCCAUUCGAUCUCCUUUCUUUUCGACCCUCCCUGAUUCUUUCUCGUUGACUCGCUUGAUCAAUAAUUAUGUCCUUUAACAAUAUGUAAUGUUGCUACCUAGGCUGCAAUGGAGCACUUCAAAAAUCAAAAGCUCAUUCACAAGCGAUACGUGGCUCGCCUUUUGCUGAGUUGCAAAAAGUACUUUGAAUCUGUGAGUUCCCUCACUGAGAUCGAAGUUCCAACUGAACCACCGGAACACGACCCUACCACAGCACCUCGAGUAACAGUUUGUGGUGACACGCAUGGUCAAUAUUACGACGUACUGAAUAUUUUCGAGGAUAAGAAUGGCUAUCCCGCUGCUACGAAUCCAUACGUGUUCAAUGGGGACUUUGUCGAUCGUGGAUCCUUUUCGGUAGAAGUCAUACUUACCUAUCUUUUGUGGAAGAUUCAUGAUCCUGGUUGCAUUUACUUGACACGAGGAAACCACGAAACAAAAAACAUGAACAAAAUUUAUGGCUUCGAGGGGGAAGUUAAGGCCAAAUACGAUGAUAAGAUUUUUGAUCUCUUUUUGGAAGUCUUUUCCUUUUUGCCACUAGCCACUGUUAUCGGCAAGAAAGUCUUUAUCGCGCACGGUGGAAUAUCUACGGACGAAAAAUUUAUGCUAGAUGACAUCCGAAAGAUCAAAAGGGGUUGUGAGCCGCCCGAGACUAGUCUCAUGAGCGAUUUGCUCUGGUCUGACCCCCAACCGUUUCCCGGAAAGAGUCCGUCGAAACGCGGUGUUGGCUUUGCGUUUGGCCCAGAUAUUACAAGUAAUUUCCUUGAGCGGAACAACCUCUCCCUUUUGGUUCKCUCCCACGAGGUCAAAGAGGAAGGAUACCUGUUGGAACAUGGUGGGAAGACAAUAACUGUGUUUUCAGCUCCAAACUACUGCGAUACCAUGGGCAACAAGGGAGCUUUCAUCCAUUUUGACAAGACUCUGCAACCCAAAUUCACUCAAUUUGAAUCUGUUCCUCAUCCCGAUGUAAAGCCAAUGGCAUACUCGGCAGGAAUGAGUGGUAUGCUUGGACUAUAGUGAUAUUGGUAGAAAGUUUUUGAUUUGGUUUCAAGAAACCUUCUGCUUUACAAAAAUUCAGCUCUAUCUGAAAUAGACAGGAAUAAUCAUU